UCCCAUUAAGCAGCCUAAGAAAAGGGAACCAUUGUUUGCAGAAGACCGGUACAAUUUGGCCGAUCGUAUUUGCAAGAGAAUUUGUUCUCUAAUUGCUCAGCAUGGUGGAAAGGAUUUUGACGAGCAGAUUAAUGUUCUCCUAAAUAUAGAAGAAAUGCUAAAGAGUGGAAAAGGCAUAGCUGUCAUAGGAAUAUCUGCUGACGGUCAGGUUGACAAGACAGGUAUAUUUUUUGUUUACUAUGUAUCGAUUGAUAUUCUGGUACCCAUCAGGCUUUGAUGUGUUUUUAUUUAAUGUUGCAGUCAUGACUGUUGAAGAGGAUGGCAAAGACAAUGGCAACAAAGAAGCGGAGAAUGUUACUUCAAAGUCUAAUGCUGAUAUAGUCUCACAAGCACUGCAAGGUAGAGGGGUGUUAUCUCUCCAGAAUUUGGGUACGGAGUUAGAAAAACAAUUAAAAUUGCCACCAAAACAUGUUGUUAAGGGUCGUCCAAAGGGGAAAAAGAAAGUUCAAGACAUACGAAAGAAGGGGCGCAAUGAUGCCAAUAAUGAUGAAGAUGAGGUUGAAGAUGUGGAUGGAGACCUUACAGUUAAACAGUGUGAUGUAUGUAAGGGACCUGUUACCUGUCGAACUUCAUUCUCCAAGAAAAACUACGGACGAACUAUAAUAACUUGCUCAACCAGGAAGACUGAUGAUUGCAGAGCCUUCUACAAAUGGGAUAUGCCAGUUGACAUCCCACCCCCCUCGUCAGGCAGAGUACAAUCAGAGCAACAGGACACAGCAGCAGGCAAUCCACUCAUAAAUCCAGAGGAGCAAGCCGAAAAUAAUCCCUGCUUCAUUUGCAAGACUCAAGGGCCUCCCACAGGUGCUCACCAAUGUGACAUGUGCUCAAAAGCAAUCCACAUCUUAGAUGGUAGCUGUUCUGUAGCAACGUCUAUUGUGGUUGAAGGUUUCGGGAAGACGGGCAGAAUUUGCCUGAAGUGUGCAAAAGAUCUUACACCAGAUGAUGGGGAAGCUUUUGAUGAACCAGGUAGUACACACAGUGCGCACAUCAGUCCAACAUCAAGUCCAGAGAGAAGUAAAAGCCAUAGCCAGAUCAUAAGCCAAGUCUCUACACCGGUCAAAACUGCACAAGUAUCUGACAAUUUUCCACCUGUAACUAAAACUCCAACUACUGAUAAAAUUUGUUUUGGAUGUGGUCAAAAGGCUGUCUUGCGAACAUCAACUAAAGGGAGGAGUAUGGGGCAGAAGUUUUACACCUGUAGUAAUCCAGUAUCAGAGAGGUGCAGGAAAUUCAUCAACUGGACAAAAUGGGUUCCCACAGGCAGUCCUACAUUAGCAAAUAAGACAAUACCGGAGUUUUUCCCCCAGGUGGAUAGAGCUAAAGAGAGUGCAACAAGGUCUUCAUAUCAUGAGCUUUUGGAUGAUAAUGAAGGGGAUAAUAUUCUGAGUAAUGUUCUUGAUUUGCCAAGUACUCUACAGCUUCCUGAAGUAAAUAAUACGGAUGUAAUGGGUAUGGAAACAGGUAAAAUUUUACAAUUCUUAGUUUUAUUUUUACUUAGUUAAUGACAAUGAGUUGGGUGGGGAACAUUUUGUGUGAGCCAUUUCAGCAUAGGUUGGAGGCAACAACAGCCCUCUUCAGGGCUCAAAAAGUCCUCUUUAGGACUAGUCCUCUUUACAGGACUUAAAUAGUCCUCUUCAGGACUUCAAUAGCCUUCUUCAACAAUGCUCUGAGGACUCAUAUAACAAGUACUCUUAUGGGCACCAUAAAGCUCUUCUUAAUAGUACUUGACAAGUAAUUGGUAAGUCAGCAUGACUUAAGACAUUUGUACAGUGUGAUUGCUGCUGAAGGUGGAUUUUUCAAAAUGGUGGCUGUAUAUUGGCUAUGGUAACUGUUUCUUUGCACAUUCCCUUCUAUUUGUGCUCACUUCUUGACGUUAGAUCAACAUACCAUUCUUCGCUCUAUCUCUGUUCAUCUGUUUAAA